GGGAAGCGUAAGGGGCGGAACAAGCAGGAGAUACCGGUGGGUGCCGAACCUGGCGCCCACGUGGAGGCCGUGAAGACCCCCCUGGACCUGGCCAAGGCCCAGGAGAACAGCAGGGGGGCCACCGGUGCGAGCAGCUCCUCCAAGAAGAAACCCAAAUAUGUCAACCUCUACACCAAGGAGGGGCAGGACAAGCUGGCCGUGCUGAUCCCGGGGCGUCACCCCUGCGAGUGCCUGGGCCAGAAGCACAAACUCAUCAACAACUGCUUGGUCUGUGGGCGCAUCGUCUGCGAGCAGGAGGGCUCUGGGCCCUGCCUCUUUUGCGGCGCUCUGGUGUGCACUAAAGAAGAGCAGGAUGUUCUUCAACGGGACUCAAACAAGAGCCAGAAGCUGCUGAAGAAGCUCAUGGCAGGUGCUGAAAGUUCAAGGAAUUUGGAUGCCAUAAGCAAAGAUUUGUUGCCUCGACAAGAAGCUAGACUCCAAGCUGGCCUGGAGAUGGCUGUGAAACACAAAGACAAGUUGUUGGAGUUUGACAGGACAAGCGUGCGUCGAACCCAGGUCAUUGAUGACGAAUCAGAUUACUUUGCCACGGAUUCCAACCAGUGGCUGUCCAAGCAGGAGAGGGAAGCCCUCCAGAAGAGAGAACAGGAGCUGCGGGAGCUGCGCCACGCCUCUCGCCUCACCAAAAAAAUCACCCUCGACUUCGCGGGGAGGCAGAUCUUGGAGGAGGACACCAACAUGGCCGAGUACCACAAAAAGCUGGAUGAAACCGUUGAAGCCGUGAGCUGUGGCACGCUGGGCAAGGCAGCUGGGAGCCCAGACGCCCAGCUGACCCCAAGUUCUGGUGUCCUAGUGAAUCCUCGUCUCCUUCAGCCUGCUCCUUUGUGGGUGGACCAGACGGGUUUGGUGCCGCAGAGGAGAGUCGCCCACUCCAUGGACGCUGGGAACGAGCCUGGCUGGGAGCGGAACAGGCUGCGGAUUCAGGAUCGAGAGCUGCAGGAGAUCUCAGAUGAUGGCUGGUGCCUCAGCAUGCACCAGCCUUGGGCCUCCUUGCUCGUAAAAGGAAUCAAGAGGGUGGAGGGCAGGACCUGGUACACGUCCCACAGAGGGCGGUUAUGGAUUGCAGCUACUGCUAAAAGACCCUCCCCCCAGGAAAUCGCCGAACUGGAGACCACCUACAGAAUGCUCCUGCAGAAAGAUGUGGAGUUUCCAAGCGAUUAUCCCCCGGGAUGUCUCCUGGGCUGUGUGGAGGUGACCGAUUGUUUAUCACAAGAGCAGUUCAGUGAGCAGUUUCCAGAUCUGAGCCAAGAGUCGGGGUCUCCAUUUGUCUUCAUCUGCACCAAUCCCCAGGAGAUGGUUGUGAAGUUUCCCAUCAAAGGAAAACAAAAAAUCUGGAAGCUGGAUGCCAAGAUCCAUCAGGGAGCAAAGAAGGGGUUAAUGAAGCAGAAGGAGCUGGGAUGAGUGGCGGGGGAGC